UCUGCAGAUCUUGUUCUCAUCCCUUCAAUUUCUCUCUAUUUCCUAAGUUAGCACCAUGAUCAGUUCCAAGAAACUCAUCAAGUUGGCAAAAAAAUGGCAGAAAUUUGCUGCCAUUCGAAGAAAGAGGAUUUCCUUUUCAAGACAAAGUGAUGAUACAGAUAGCUGCAGUACAUCCAGUCCAGCUAACAAGGGUCAUUUUGCUAUCUACACAGCCGAUCAGAAGCAAUUUGUUGUCCCUCUAUCUUAUCUUGAGAAUGAGAUUAUUAGGCAACUCUUAAACAUGUCAGAAGAAGAAUUUGGACUUCCAAGCGAUGGGCCUAUUACACUGCCAUGUGAUGCAGUCUUUAUGGACUACAUCAUUUCACUUCUUAGCCGAGGCUUAUCUAGAGAACUCGAGAAUGCAUUGCUGGUCUCGAUUACUUCACAUUGGUGUUCAUCAGCUCCACUACACCAGGAAGGGUGGAGAAAUCAGGAAUUGCUAGUUUGCUGAUAUUAAUCUCAAUAAAUUUUGUAAAUGAGGAUAUUAGAUGUAGCUCAAUACAUCAUGUUAAAUGUACAAAAAAAUCCAAUACAGCAAUAUUUAAUUGAUAUCCAAUAUGUUCAGUAUUCUUAUUAGAAAAUUCAAAUAUAUUCACUGCUAUAAUAUUCUUCUUAAUCUUCAGUUUGCUGCUA